AUAAGCUUGCUGAAAGAAGAAAACAUCGACCGAUAUUUUUCCAUGAAUGAAAACACUCCAAUGAAAAUGUCAAGUAAUUAUUGGAUGUUAUUUGCAUAUAAAGGAGGAGUUUACCUUCGGAACGUGUCACCAGUUAGUUGGAAUCAUGUAUAAAAGUUGUGAAAUUUGUUAUUUAACUUUGGUCAUGAAAUUGAAAAGAAAACGACUGAAAUUUGGCUAAAAUGAAACCGGACAAUGGAUAAAGGAUGAAUAGCAGUAUGUUUUAUUUUAAAUGUAUAUGUAAUCAUAGGUAAAAUUUAAUAAAAGUAAAACUAUGUAUGUGUAUAAAUAUAUGUGGAUUCCUGUGAACAGCGACAUAAGAGAUAACUGUGGUUUGUGUUCCAAUGCAAUUGAGUAAAAAGGAACAAGCAUUAUGGCCAAGACAAAACAUAAACAUUCAAUGAAUUUUGUUGCUGGUGCAGUUUUUGGACUUUGUUUUGGAUUUUUAAUCUCAACAUGGUGUCGUAAUAAAUUUAUACCUUGCUCGCCAACAUUUUCCAAGUCCCGAUGUUGUUUAGAAAGCUUAAAUCCAACAUCAAAUUCUAAUGAUGUUGCUAUAAAUAAUGAAAAAAGCUUUGAAAAUAAUGUUAUCAUUGAGGAAAAAGAUGAAAAAGGGUUCUUAUUUAUUGGGAUUAUGACUGCCAAAAAAUAUUUAGAUACAAGGGCCGUUGCAGCAUAUCAAACCUGGGCAAGAGGUGUUAACGGUAAAGUCGUAUUUUUCUCAAGUGAAGGUUCAACAUCGAAAUAUGACAUUCCAAUCGUUAGUCUGGCAAAUGUUGAUGACUCGUAUCCACCACAGAAGAAGUCGUUUUCUAUGUUGAAAUACAUGAGUGAUCACUACAUCAAUAAGUAUGAAUGGUUCAUGAGAGCAGAUGAUGAUAUAUUUAUCAAAGGAGACAAAUUAGAAAGAUUCUUACGCUCUAUCAACAGCUCUAAACCUCAGUACAUUGGUCAGGCUGGCGUAGGAAUGAAGGAUGAGAUUGGACUUCUCAGUCUUGGAAGUACAGACAAUUACUGCAUGGGUGGAACUGGAAUGGUGUUCAGUCACGAAACUCUGCGACUAAUUGCACCACAUUUGAAAUAUUGUGUUAACAAUUUAUAUACUAACCAUGAAGAUGUAGAGAUUGGAAGAUGCGUUCAAAAAUUUGCUGGAAUUCCAUGCACAUGGUCCUUUGAGAUGCAGAAAUAUUUCUACCAGAAUUUCAAGGAGUACAAAGGCUCUUUCACAGAUACUCUUCAAGAGAAGGAGGUACAGAAAGCGGUCACGAUGCACCCAGUCAAGGACCCCACCCACCAAUAUCGCAUCAACAACCAUUUCUCAGCGGCCAAAAUACAGAAACUGAGAGAGCAAGAGCUGGAACUUCAUCGUGCAAUAAGUGAAAUGAACCAAGUACUCAAUGAAAACACCCAGUUCGAUAAGUAUGGUUUAAAACCGUCUGUAAACAGUUUUGUGCCAAGUAAACCUAGUGAGGUUAUAGGUUGGGAGUUUAUGACGUCAACUUCUGUCUCAUCACAUUUAAAUGUUAAUCCACGAAAAGGCUUGAAUUCGUAUAGAAAAGAUACUUUAAAUAAUGUGGUCUCAGAGACAAUGGAUAUCAUCAACAGACACUCGCGACAGAGAGGUAGAAGCAUUGACUUUAAAGAUGUUUUAUAUGGUUACUCCACUGUGGACCCUUUAAAUGGACCAAGUUAUAUCUACGACAUAUUGCUGACCUAUCGCAAGCACAAAGGUCAUAACAUGAACGUACCUGUGAGACGGCAUGCUUACUUGCAUCAAUCAUUUCUAAAAACCCAGUUUAUAGAAAGUCCAUUUACUGACAAAGAGGAACAUUCUAAUAGUCUGGUUAAUUCACAAGUGUUUCAACAACUGGGGGGAAACUUAGAAAACUAUCAUGCAUUCGAUAUACAUCAAGAAACUAUACAUUUUAUCUUGCCUUUGGCUGGAAAAGUCCAAGAGUUUGAAAGAUUUAUGAAAGUUUUUGAAACAAUAUGCUUGUCUAGAAAAGACAACUCUCAAAUGCAUAUAGUUUUGUUUACAAAAAAUAGUUCACCAGAAGAAAUAGAAAAUAUAUUGAGUAUAGCAGGCAAGUAUCAAAAGUUAUAUGGUAGUCAUUUAAUUGAAGUCAUAGAAGCUGAUGGUGAUUUUGCUCGUGCCAAAGCCCUAGAUUUAGGGGCAAAGCAGUGUUCCAUGGAUGACUUGUUGUUCUGUGUCGAUGUAGAUAUAAUCUUAACCAAAGAUGCAUUGACUCGUAUUCGUCUCAACACUAUACAAAGUGUACAAAUAUAUUACCCAAUAGUAUUUAGUCAAUAUGACCCCGCCAUUGUUUGUGGGAACAUGUCUCGUUGUAAAUUUGAAACUUUCAAUUUCUCAACAUGGACUGGUUAUUGGAGACAGUUUGGGUAUGGCAUUGCGGCCAUGUACCGAUCUGAUCUUGAAAAGGUUGGAGGUUACGACACCAGCAUUCAAGGCUGGGGUAAGGAAGACGUGGAUUUGUUUGAAAAAUUCGUGACUAGUAACUUGACGAUAUUUCGCGCAGUGGAUACCGGCAUGAUACACGCAUUCCACCCCGUCAUAUGCUCACCCGAUCUGAACCCAUCUCAGUUUCAGAUGUGUUUGGGCACAAAGGCAACGGUUCUGGCAUCACAGAAUCAGCUUGCAGAGAUGGUGAUGAAUAUGACUGAAAUCCUGAAUAGAAAUCUGGAAAAUGGACCCUAAAGAUUGACCAACGCCCAAUGCCAAUUCUGGAUAUCCGUUUUUAUUAAUGUCGUUCGGCUCGGAGAAAACCAGAGCUAUUGUCAUAGCCAGCUCGUCGUCCGACGUCCGCCGCAGGGCUCAACAUUAACCUAAAAACCAACUUGCCCUCCUGGGCAAGUACUUAGAAAAUCUACUUGCCCUGAAAGUAAAGCCGCUUGCCCAAACAUGAAAUAUCACAUUUACUGUAAACCUCAUAUUUUUUAAUAAAGAUCAAAAUAAUACACCACGAAACCUUUUUUAUUUUUUAACAUUUUAGGGAAUGAUUACUGCAAUUAAAGUCUAAUGAAAGUCUAAAUUAAAUGCCCUUUGUUCUUUUUUGCACUUGCCCGGGCGGACAACUAGAUUAUAAAAUAACUAGCCCGGACCCAACUUUUACUUGCCAGGGGCAAUAGGACAACAGUUAAUGUUGAGCCCUGCGCCGUCGUGCUAAAACCUUAACAUUGGCCAUAACUUUUUAAAUAUUGAAGAUAGCAACUUGAUAUUUGGCAUGCGUGUGUAUCUCAUGGAGCUGCACAUUUUGAGUGGUAAAAUUUCAAGGUGAAGGUCUAGGGUCUAAAAAACAAAGUCAAGGGAAGUAAUAAACUUUAAAUGGACAUAGUUAUCUGGCCUGCCCACGUAUAUAUUUUUGUUAAAUAAAUCAAAGCAGCGCAGUAGGCGGCAUUGUGUUUCUGACAAACACAUUUUGGUAAAAGGUCAACGUCAAGGUCAUCCUUUAAGGUCUACGGUAAAAAAUACACAUUUAAGGGAAGUAAUAAGCUUUAAAGGGAGAUAAUUAUUCAAUAUUGAACAUAGCCACUUUAUAUAUUUGGCAUGCAUGUGUAUCUCAUGGAGCUGCACAUUUUGAGUUGUGAAUCUACAGUCACGGUAUUGGCUUUUAAUUAUUUGCUACUAAAAAUAGAGAUUUGUUAGAGACAAUUAUUUUCAAGGGAAGUAAUUUAUAUAAUUAUAAAUCUCAUAUUAUAUAUUUCCUUACCAAGAAUUGAAGUUCUUUUCACAGUUACUGUACAGAUUUAUUAUUUUGAUUAUUUAUAACUCAAAUGAUUGAUUUGUCAAAGGUUUUUUUUUAAAUGAUAUAAUUAUCAUUUCUGUCAUGUACUAAGUUGUUAAUAGUAGUGUUCAUUACAUAUCUGUGGUAUGUAAGAAAAAAUGUCCUUAAGAAAAAAGAAAAGAAAAAAUGUUUAUAAAAACAUGAUGAACUCUGGCUAUGAUCUCUUUGAUAAACCACAGGCCUUGGUUGUCAGUGAUGUCUGACUUGGUCAUUUUUGACUGGCUACAGACCCCCCCCCCCCCACCCAGUUAGAUUGGACAAUAUCCAAGGGAAGUAAUAAGCUUUAAAGGGAGAUGAUUUCUAUACCUGCCAAAUGAUAAAUAGAAAUUUUAUUUCAAAGUGGCGCAGUAGGGGGCAUUGUGUUUCUGACCAACACAUCUCUUGUUGGGUCACUAGGUCAAAGGUCAAGGUCACUGUGACCUCUAAAAAAAAUAUUCUGACAAGCUUUCGCAGCCGAGCGUGGCACCCGUUAUGCGGUGCUCUUGUUUUAGUUGUUGUUGUUUUGUGUACAUGUUGGUAGAAAUGUUUUUGAGGCUUUAAUUAUUUUGUCAGUUACAGUGAAUUUAAAUUGUAACAAAUACAUGGAGUUAUUGCUGAUAAUGAGACUUAUGAUGAAAAGGGUGAUUUUGAUGAUAAAAAAAGUAUUCACUUGUUAAGAAAAAGAAUGAAGAAUUUUUUUUUUAACAAACUCUCGCUUUUGAGAAUUUUGGAAGAAAAUUCAUGAAAAUAAAAAAUGUAGUACAAUCUUGUAUUACUUUGUGAGUUGGGAAUUAUUAAGUCCCAAGUCCCAAUUUUGGUGUGAAAAUAAUCACUGGAAUAAUUAUGUAUAUAUUUUGAAUACCCACAACUCUUUACUUAAACACGUGUUUAUAGCUUUCUAAAAAUACCCAUAAAUGUGUCAAAGUUUUGUAUGAAAGAUUUUUAUCAAUGUAGAUUUUGUAUUUUAUUAUUGUUUUAUGUCAAAUAUUGUUGAUACAUGAUUAUUUGUGAUUUUUAAAUGAUUUUUAAAUGUGCUUUCGCAGUUCCACUUUGCUACCUGAAGUUCAAAAUAGCAUCUAUCAAAAUUUAGAGGUCUUAUUUUUGUAUUCUUUUUGUGAUGGUACUUGAUUUAUUUUGUAGUCAAACUUACAUCUGACAACUUACAAUGUUACUGUGAUGUUAAUUAAUUGCAUAAUACUAGUACUAGUAAUAUGAAAUAAUAUUUUGUGUAACAGAAGUACCAAUGAGUUUGUUAUUCGAAACAUAUAAUCAAAAUUUAAUAAAAUCUCAGAUAUUUUUUGCUGUAGUAUCUCUUUCAUUUCAGGGGCAUUUUGUUUUAGUAUAUGUUGUCAAGUGAUAGUAGUGUACCAUAAAUGUUUGGUUGGAUUACAUUUUUACCACAUUCUAUUGUGUUAAAAGUAUAAAUGCCUGAUAUUUUGAAAUGCAUUAAUGAAAUGUUUUAAAUGUAUAUAAUUGCUUAUUUUUCAAAGAUGGCCCUAUUUGGCCUAUCUUGUUUCGUAAUUGUGUACUUAUGUGACUUAUCAAGUAAUUGAAUAGCAUUUUUUGAAACUUGUUUAAAUGUUUUAAAUAAGAAGUAGAUUGUUUUUGGAUGUGCUUUUAUUAUUUUGUAAUUGCAUUUGCAAAGAUUUUAGCAUAAUGUGUUUUUGAUACUGCAAAACAUGGAAUUAUUUACCCUUUCCCCCAUAAGAAGCAAAGUGAAAAAUGCUUUUGAUACCAGCAUAAAACAAGAACAGCCUGUGAGUAACUUGCAGCCUGUUUCAGGUUUUAUGCUGUUUGCUGCUCAUCAGUAUCUAUGGGUUUGAAAUGAAGCCUUUAAAAGAUGAAUCUAGCAAGGUCUUUAAUUAAAUUAUACUUUUUAAGGGAUUACAAGUCAGUAAAAAUUAUUGCUCACACGGGUCAAAACUAUUCUCAGGGUCAGGUUGGCGGGUCAAAAUUAAAAUACCUGAACAAUUCGGGUCGGGUCAGAUUAUAAGUUAAUUAAAAUAAAACUACAUAAAUUGUCAUAGCAUGUUUUAGGGUUCUUAAAUAUUCAACUGUUUGUCAAGUAUAUUGUUUAGAAUAUUAUACUUUUUAUUGUUUUUAUUUAUUUAAUUAUGAAUAAAAUACUGAACUGCAUAUAAUUAUUUAUUAAGUUUACACAACGAUGUUGAAAUUAAUUAAAGUAAGUAUUACUUGGAAUAGCGAUCAAAAGUGCAUGUAUAGGGAAAAAAAACCUGUCAAGCAAAAAUAAAGCUUGUCUUAUUUUGAGGAGAGAAGCCAAAAUAACUUUCACUGUAAGCUCUAACUGUAAGUCAAUAUAUUUAUGCCCCCCUUCGAAGAAGAGGAGGUAUAUUGUUUUGCACAUGUCGAUUGGUCCGUCCGUCCAUCUGUCGGUCCGUCAACCUUAAUGGUUUCCGGAUGAUAACUCAAGAACGCUUACGCCUAUGAUCAUGAAACCUCAUAGGUACAUUGAUCAUGACUCGCAGAUGACCCCUAUUGAAUUCAGGUCACUUGGUCAAAUUUCAAGGUCACUGUGACUCGAACCAGUAAAAUGGUGUCCGGAUAAUAACUCAAGAACGCUUACGCCUAGGAUCAUGAAAUUUCAUAGGUACAUUGAUCAUGACUCGCAGAUGACCCCUAUUGAUUUUCAGGUCACUAGUUCAAAGGUCAAGGUCACAGUGACUCGAACCAGUAAAAUGGUUUCCGGAUGAUAAUUCAAGAACGCUUACGCCUAGGAUCAUGAAACUUCAUAGGUACAUUGAUCAUGACUGGCAGAUGACCCCUUUUGAUUUUCAGGUCACUAGGUCAAAGGUCAAGGUCACGGUGACUAGAACCAGUUAAAUGGUUUCUGGAUGAAUAACUCAAGAACGCUUACGCCUAGGAUAAUGAAACUUCAUUGGUACAUUGAUCAUGACUCGCAGAUGACCCCUAUUGAUUUUCAGGUCACUAGGUCAAAGGUCAAGGUCACGAUGACUUGAACCAGUAAAAUGGUUUCUGGAUGAUAACUCAAGAAAGCUUACGCCUAGGAUCAUGAAACUUCAUAGGUUCAUUGAUCAUGACUAGCAGAUGACCCCUAUUGAUUUUCAGGUCACUAGGUCAAAGGUCAAGGUCACGGUGACUCGACACAGUAAAAUGGUUUCCGGAUGAUAACUCAAGAAAGCUUAAGCCUAGGAUCAUGAAACUUCAUAGGUACAUUAAUCAUGACUGGCAGAUGAACCCUAUUGAUUUUCAGGUCACUAGGUCAAAGGUCAAGGUUACAGUGACAAAAAACGUUUGCACACAAUGGUUGCCACUACAACUGACAGUCUAUGGGGGGACAUGCAUGUUUUACAAACAGCCUUUGUUUAUGAUACAAGUUUUGUUUUUUAACGUCGCCAUUUCCGGAUCUGAAUAACAAAUUAAACUCGACAUUUAUGCUUUGGUGCGUCACUUCUAUUCAUUUAUGACAAUUUUAAAUAAUAACAAUGCUUAAACUGAUAAAGGGUGUGAUUUUACUUCACUUGUUUAACCCAUUACUACUUAGAAACAUAUUUUGACGCAUUUUUAGUCCCCCCAGAAAGUUACAUUUAAUUUAAGACCUUUCUUACAAGAUUCAAGUUUUAAAGGCUUCAUUUACAACCUUUAGAUACUGAUGAGCAGCAAACAGCAUAAAACCUGAACAAAUUUCUGUUCUGAUUUUAUGCUGUUUGCACAUAUAGCCAUUUUCACUUCCCCUCUGAGUGGGAAAGGGUUAAAAGAGAUGAUUUGACUACAGGUUUAAUAUGUAAUCUUGUACUUCGUAGCUUGCAACCCGAACUGGUAUCAUUGGCAGAAACUUUUAUCCGGAUCUGCAGGUUUUUUUUUUACUCACGGAUUUGGGGUUUUAAGGGUACCCGUUUGAGCACUAGUAAAAAUACAUAUUUAAGUGGUAAAGGGUUAAUGUUUUAACAAGAAGUAGAUUUUUUUUUGGAUGUGUUUCUAUUAUUAUACCUUCAUUUGCAUAGAGUUGAGCAUAAUGUGUUUGUGUUUUUUCAAAAAACAUGAAAUUAUGAAUUCUCCCCUUUUCUAUUGAUGAUAGAACAAAUAACACACCAAAUACAUACAUAGUGUGUAUCUUCUAAUUAUUAUGUCUAAGUAACAUUUUAAAACAAGAAUCCUUCUUAGAAAAUAAUAAGUGAAGUUCUGUGUGUAAGGUCUGUUUUCAAAUAACAGUCAAUUGAGAAAUAAAUAAAUGCACUAUUACUAAUUUUUCAGUUUCUAGACAGGUUUAUGAUAAGAAAAGGGAUACAGGAGUUCUUUGUUUAAUUGUGUAAAUGACAUACAGAAUGUUUGACAGAAUUUGCAUAAAUUAUUCAGUGUGGAAUAUGUGAAUAUUAAAUGUUUGUUUAAUUUUUUUUAGCAACUAUGACAUUUUUUUUGUGUAUAGCUUAAAAAAUAAUUUGUGAUAAUAAAUAAUAAAUACAAACUAUAUGUUUUUGAAUGUAUGACGUGUCCUUAUGCCACCAUUUUGGUAGUGUUAAACUUUCUGCUCAAAUAGUUUGCCAGUAUUUUUGUAUGUAGACCUGAUCAUAUAAUUGGUAUAUUGGAAUAUGUUCUACAAUGAGUAUUGUAUUAAGACUUGAUAAAUUAUUAUUUAUUUCCAAGAUUGAAUUACAUUUAUAAUCAUCAAACAUUUAACUAUUGCAUGCUCUAUCAGUUGUAACAGUUGGAUCAGUAAAAUGUUUACCACUGCAUUUCUAUAAAUGAGCUGCGUUCUGCGAAUACCAGGCUUAAUGCUUAUGCAUCAAGUAUUGGCCCUGAUUAGCCUGUGCAGGCUGCGUAGACUAAUUAGGGAUGAUGCUUUAUGCAAAUGCAGUCUGUUUUAUCCAGAGACCAGCUCCUAUCAGCUAUAGGAAUACUAUUGUCUGCGCAUAGUUAUGUUAUUACCUCCAUGCUGCUGAUAUGCUGUGGGCGUUAUAAUUAUUUGCCAUUUUAUCAUAACCUGAAGACAGAAUAUUUAUACAUCUGGGCAUUGCAAUCAUAAAUUUCCUAAAGGUUAAUCCAAUUAUGGAAAAUCUUUCUCAACUUGAUUCUUUCUCUAUUUUAUGUAUCAGACAUCUUGAUUCCAUUCAGACCCUUCAUUUUGAACUUCUUCCAACUUUGAGAUAUCAAUGUUCCACUACGUGUUAACGAGCUGUUUAAAAAUAUAACACUUCAUGGUACUGACAGUUUGUAAAACACUGUAAUAUGUGCUAUAUUAUGUCAACGAGUAAUUGUGCAAUAUUUCGUUUAUGUGCUUUGGAGUGCUUUACUUCACUGAGUGAUCAUAAUUCAUCAAUAAUGUACUAGUAACUGCCAAUGGCUCCUAGAUUUAUUGCUAAUUACAAAUGUAUGUCUUAUGUUAUGCCUCGCAUUUGAGUCAUAUUAAUCCCAAAAUAGUAACACUUGUAUUUUACUUUGAUAUAUAUGGGGUAGAUGAACAAAGAUUUACAAUAAACAGAUACAGUGGGAAUAUAAAAUGCAGCAGGAGGGUGGGGCAUGGGUGUUGGGGGCAUUUAAGUUCUCAGUUUCAAUGUCAUUUUCUUCCAGUUGUGGUAUUAAAGGAUUUCGUUAAAUACAAAUAUUAACAUGGUCAAGUUAUUUAAACAAAAACAAAGAAGAAAAAAUAUAUUGAACUUUUCAAAAUUCAGUCACCAUUUCUCUAUUUAAACAGCAGGUGUGGAGGGGAACUUGAUGGCACCAAAAAGAAGUAUGCAGCAUCUUGCUUCUACAGUCACAAUAUUCCCAAUGACUUUAGUCAUGAUAAAAUGUAGCAUAUGACCUAAACCAUCACAAUUGUUAUUACUUAUAUAGGCUUGCAAUUUUUCUGUGAUAUGACACAUAUCAUUGUAAUAGUCAGCAGCACAUUUUAGUUCCAAACAUUGUGUGAUGUGUUAUUUGUCAACUUUAAUAGCAUGAAACAGUGUCAUUGCUUUCAUCUUGCUGUUCAGUUAUUUAUAUUCCCCUAAGGUACUUGAAAUAAGUUCAGAAUAAAUUGAGUAUCUGCAACCGCAUAUAAAACUCUUGCUUUGGUUAUCACUAAAUUGUGUGACAUCUGCCAAUGGAUUCUGGAAAGCAUAAGUUAGUCCUGCAUACAAUACGCUUAUAUGUAUCAGUACAUGUCUUUAACCUAAUAAUAAAUUAUAUGUUGAACAAGAAGUGAGACAUGUUGCAAAUAUUACCAAUUAAAAAAGUAAUUAUAUAUUUUGCUGAAGGCCAAACUUGUAUUGCUAAUGUCUCUACCAUCCCAUAGGGUGAAGCUUGGGUCAUGUGCAUUAAUAUGUUCAAUAAGCUCAAUGAAACCUAUUCAUUUUCCCACUCCCUCUUCCAAACUAUAGGUACACCAAAAACUCUGUGCAAAAGUCACACUUGUUGCCCUGUCUCUUGUUCACAGUGGUGAUGUCCUGAAUGCCGUAAGUAUUUACUAAGUUGUUGACAUUUUUAAGAUUGUUAUUGGUUAAUCUACUUGCUUUGUAAUGUUGCAUAACGGAUGUUGGUACUGAAUAAAUAUAGUGAAGGAUUACUCCAACUGUAAAUAUUUACAUGCAGCCUGUUGGAUUUUGUCAUUGAUGUCAAUGGUGGAGCUGAUAGGGGACAUAUAUUGCUUGGCAAUAGUCUUGUUUAUUUUUUUAUGUCCCCCACUAUAGUAGUGGGGUACAUAUUGUUUUUGCCCUGUCUGUUGGUCUGUUGGUUGGUUUGCGCCAACUUUAACAUUUGCAAUAACUUUUGCAAUAUUGAAGAUAGCAACUUGAUAUUUGGCAUGCAUAUGUAUCUCAUGGAGCUGCACAUUUUGAGUGGUGAAAGGUCAAGGUCAUCCUUCAAGGUCAAAGGUCAAAUAUAUGGGUCAAAAUCGCUCAUUUAAUGUACACUUUUGCAAUAUUUCAAAAUUCAAGAUAGCAACUUGAUAUUUGGCAUGCUCAUGGAGCUGCACAUUUUGAGUGGUAAAAGGUCAAGGUCAUCCAUCAAGGUCAAAGGUCAAAUAUAUGGGUCAAAAUCGCUCAUUUAAUGUACACUUUUGCAAUAUUUCAAUAUUCAAGAUAGCAACUUGAUAUUUGGCAUGCAUGUGUAUCUCAUGGAGCUGCACAUUUUGAGUGGUUCAAGGUCAAGGUUAUCCUUCAAGGUCAGAGGUCAAUUAUAUGUGGCCAAAAUCGUUCAUUUGAUGAGUACUUUUGCAAUAUUGAAGAUAGCAACUUGAUAUUUGGCAUGCAUGUGUAUCUCAUGGAGCUGCACAUUUUGAGUGGUGAAAGGUCAAGGUCAUCCUUCAAGGUCAAAUAUAUGGGUCAAAAUUGCUCAUGUAAUGUCACUUCUGCAAUAUUGAAGCUAGCAAUUUUAUAUUUGACAUGCAUGUGUAUCUCAUGGAGCUGCACAUUUUGAGUGGUGAAGGGUCAAGGUCAUCCUCCAAGGUCAAACGUCAUAUACGGGGACAUAGUGUUUCACAAACACAUCUUGUUAUUUUUCGAAAACAUGGCUGCCAGUUGUUUGGGCAGUUUUAAUUAAAUGGAUCUUAUGAAACCAUGAGAACACUGCCUUCCUAGAAUAGUUACAUUGAUUGGCGUCUUAGGUGAGCGCCUUAGAGCCUUUGGCAGAGAUUUUUACCAUUAUGUAUUAUUUUAAAUGCUGAAUUAUUGAUGUUAUGCUGCAAUAUAUAUGCUUGAAGCAGUGACAAAAUGUCGGAUUUUGUUUUUACUCCAUUGUUAUUUAGUUACAAGUUCUUUAUUAAAAAUUAAAAUAUAGCAAAAUGUAUGGUCAGUACUUCUUUUAACUAUGCAAUAUAAAUUAUGGUUGUUACAUUUGUUCUUUAUUGAAAAAUUAAACUAAUCCAAACAAGUUCAAAGGUCAUAAAAUAUAAUAUUUUACUGCUCAUCUUGUAACAAAAACUAGCUUACUGUUUUAAGAUCAUGGCUUCAUAUUUGCGCUCAUAUUUGAAGAUGAAAAUCAUUGUCAACGUGGUUGUUAAAUGAUAAAAUAUUUUUAAUGUAUAUUUGGAUGCAAUUUCUUUAAGCAUUGUCAUACAAUUAAAAGUGUAGAUAUAUACAUGCUUGUUUUGUAUAUGAAGUUUUCAUGUUAUUUAAGCAGUGAAUCAUGAUCGUAAUUGUGCUUAAUAAAAAGCUGUAUGCCAUAUCAAACAAAUCUGUAUUGAAUAAACUUCAAACAAAGAGUAAACUACUGUAAAAAUUGUCCUCCAGAUCGUAGCAUUUUACUUCUAAAAUGUAAUUAUGUGUAUCAAAAUAUUAUACUGUUGUGUGUUUUAAUGUGGCAUUAUUUGAUCAAAUAUUAGUAUUUUUCAAAUCAAAGGGGUGCUACUUGCUCAUACACAUUAGAUUUGUUGCUAGAGUUGUUGCUCUUUUCAAUGUGUGAGUCAGGUUAGAUUCGGAUGUAGGAGUCUUCCACUUCAAUAUUGGCCAAAAACGUUGUUUGUUUUUUACUCUCACAUUGGUAAAUGUAUUUUUCAUGCAAGGAACAAUUCACCAUUUAAUUAUUCAUUGAAAUGUGAAUGAAUGUUUGAUUGCCUUGCUUUUUGUCUGGAUUUAAGGUACACAAAUCUUGUAUUGCAAAAAUAGCAGCUGUUUCAAAUGUUCAUAUUAUAUUAUUAAUAAUUUUUAUUAGCACUGACUUUCAUUUCUUAUUAUUAUGUUUGUUUUGAUUAAAUGUAUUAAGUAUUUUUCCAAUUUCCUAAAUAUAUAUUAAAAUAAAUUUGUCACUAUUGCAAUUUGUUGUGAAUCAAAAUUGUUACCUUUGAACAAUAAUAGUAUAUUGCUUUGUUGCUGUGACGUGUGUAUGCUAAUUUGUGUGUGAUUUCUUGUGCAAAGAAUCUGAUAACUAUCAUACUCAUACAUUUGAGCAAUUUCUUCUCAUUUCAUGCAAAAAUUGUUAAAUAAAAUUUUAUGAAGCUG